AGAAAAAACGCAGAAAACAAAUAAUCAGAUUUCAUUAAAGAGCAAAAAUUUAAAUCAACGAAGAAACCCUUUUGCUUUCGAAAAUUGAAAGAAAAAAGACACAAAAAUGGCAACGAGAGGAGUUGCUGCUGCUGCGUGCGUAGUAUUGAAGCACCGAAGAAGAAACCUUUCUCAUCGUUCACUAUCAUCGCACCAUUUCAAUCCCAACUUCAAUCCACAAAUCAUCCCAAAAGGGUUUAGAUUUCAAAUUAGGGCAAUACAAGGAGCAGGUACUGAUCCUGUUACACAAUUAAAGAACAACGAGGAGCCAAAACCAAAACCUCAGAAUUGGAAAAUCAAAAUGCUGUUUGAUGGAGAUUGUCCUCUCUGCAUGCGUGAGGUUAAUAUGCUUAGGGAAAGGAAUGAGAAACAUGGAACUAUAAAGUUCGUCGACAUAAGCUCCAAUGAUUAUUCUCCAGAAGAUAAUCAAGGGCUUGAUUAUAAAACAGUAAUGGGACAAAUCCAUGCAAUUCAAUCUGAUGGAAAUGUGGUAACCGGUGUGGAGGCAUUUAGGAGAUUGUAUGAAGAGGUUGGACUUGGAUGGGUUUACACUCUCACCAAAUUUGAACCAAUAGGGAAGGUAGCUGAUGCUGUGUAUGAUUUCUGGGCUAAAUAUCGACUUCAAGUCACAGGCCGGCCAUCGAUAGAAGCUAUUCUUGAAGCAAGAAAGAAAAAUAAGGUGGAGACAUGUGGUGAUAGCAAGGCGUGCAAGUUGUGAAAUUAGUUCACAUGAUACUCUUGAAUUUUCAAAAUACUAAAACCAAUACAUAUUAUUCUUUCAGCUUUAUGUGAAUGAGCGUUUGUAUGCAUAUAAUACAACUAUACAAGCCCGUUACAUAUUUUACCCUGAUCAUCCUUCUGGUAUGCAUGAACAUUCGAAGUCGA